AAUUCUCUUUCCCUUCGCCUGUUCUUUCGUUUUCUUUCGGUCUCCUCUGCGUCACUCGAAUUCCUUUCCAUCAAGGGCACUCUCUUCACCUAUUUACGAUCUCGUUUCUCUCUUGCAUCUUUCGUUUUGGAUACGAUUGUGCUUUCCUUUGGAUUCUUUUGGGUUGAUUGCAUCCAGAGACCCCCCCGUUUUUCAUCCCUCUGGAUUGGGAAUUUAGGAUUCUUGGGCCGGGAAGUAGGGCUCCUCCUUGUAGUUAUUGGAGUUUGGUGGAAAUGUUGGGGAGUAGCGUGCAGUUGGGACGCGGGCAUGGGGAGGAUCGCGUCUGCUACGCCGAUAAGGCACGGUGGAGCCGCCACAGCCACCAACGGCACUACCAGCAGAGUCCAUGGAGGUCUUCAAGCACCUCCGCCGCCGGAACUUACCCCGCCCCUUCCUUUGCUUCUGGGAGCUCCGCAGAGGCUGUUGUGUCGGUCUCCGGCACCCGUGAGCAGGAGAACCGAGCAGGAACAGAGGAAGAUUGUCCGAAGACCGGGAUCGCGUCCGUUUCAUCUUGGGGUCCUUCUGUUGCGCAUUCUUGUAACUUGAAACGAUUCUUGGAGUCCAUAACUCCGUCCGUCCCGGCGUUGUACCCUUCCAAGAUGGAGAAGAGGGGAUGGAGGGCUUCUGACCAGGAGUGCCGGCCGUACUUUGCGCUGGCGGAUCUCUGGGUCUCGUUCACGGAGUGGAGCGCGUAUGGUGCUGGCGUUCCGCUGGUUCUGAGCGGAGCGGGCAGCGUGAUCCAGUACUACGUGCCUUACUUGUCUGGAAUCCAGUUAUAUGGUGAAUCGAACAGGCCCUUUUCUGAUUCUAGGGGACACGGUGAGGAAAGUGAUGGUGACUGUUCCCAGGAUUCUAGUAGUGAAGGAUGUAGUGACUAUGAACACGAAAAGGGCCUUGGGUGUUCAACAGAAUGGAACUCAAAUCAUGUCACUGGAACCUUGAAUCUUAGGAUUGAUAAAUUAUGUUUGAGAGAGAAACAUGGGCAUCAGCAAAAGGGAUCUUCAAGUGGUGAUGGAGAUUUUGGACAUUUUCGAGGUCACUUGCUCUUUGAGUUUCUUGAACAGGAUCCACCAUUCAUUCGUGAACCUUUAUCUGAUAAGAUUUCAGAUCUUGCACGGUGUUUCCCUGCAUUGAAGUCCCUUCGAAGUUGUGAUCUUUUGCCAUCCAGUUGGAUAUCAGUUGCAUGGUAUCCUAUAUAUCGAAUUCCUAAUGGCCCUACAUUGAAGGAUCUGGAUGCUUGCUUUUUGACCUUUCAUUCUCUUUCCACACUGAUGAAAGAUGAUGGUGGUGCCUCCGGCCCUUCAAUUUCAAUUUUACAAGGGGUUAAUGGUGUUCCUAUGGUCUCCCUUCCUGUUUUCGGACUUGCAUCUUACAAGUGUCGGGGUUCCAUAUGGACUCCUAAUGGUGGCACCGAGAUGCAACUUGUGAAUUCCCUGAUGCAAGCUGCCGACGAUUGGGUACGACUCCAAAAUAUUAAUCACCCAGAUUACCGGUUCUUCACUUCGCACGGCACAUUCAGGAGAUAGAACUACUAUCACCCUGGUUUCAUUUGUGCUCAAAUUGGAUCAUGGGCAAUAAGUCGGGAUGCACAUUAGCAGUGGCCUUCGAUCUACUGUGUUGUGGAGCAAGUAAUGACAAAAAAUAAAAAAGCAAGUGUGAAAGCACAAAAGCGGGGUAAUAGGAGGCAAAAUCCUGUGAGAAGAAAAAGAAGGAUCAGAGAAGGUAUAAUUUGUGAAGAGGAACCAAAAGAUGAUCAGACCGAGAAAAAAGGUAGCCCAUGAAGGAGAUAAUUUCUCAUCCAUAUAACCUGGUGGAUGAUGAUGGUGUAUGUUUUGGUGUGUUUUGUUGGAAUGGUUACCUGAAAGGACAUUUUAUUGUUCACAUGUCCAGAUUGGUCCGUAACAUAAGCUUACUUUCUGGGCAUGUCUGACAAUGAUACCUUCGCGAUGCCCACCAAAAUCAAACUGUUGUGUUUUAGCAUAAUGAGCACUUCUAAUAGGUUGAUGACA